GGGUUGAACCUAUGACAAAAGCUCGACGGACAUUUCUUGCCUGGGCAAGCGAGCGUGGCGAUCUCAAACUAGUUCAACAUCUGCUGAGAACCACAAUGGAACCACUUCUCAGUGGCUGAUACGCUCAUGCUAGGCGUUGGGAAUGACAUUGAACGAAAGAAAGAUGUCAUGUCUCUGCGACUGAUGAUUCAAGAGGGCCGUGCUCGAUUGCUGAAACCUUUCCUCGAACGAUAUAAGCCCUGCUUAGAGGAAGAGGAUGAGUACAGCUCGAUUCCCCUCAUGCGAAUGGCGCUUCAACAGGCAGAUCGACUCACCGUGACCAUACUUCUGGAACAUAAAGCUCGCAUUGAUGAAUUGGAAAAUAGUGACUGGUUCGGCCCUUGUAGCGAAGGAAAGCCGACUGUGAAUCUGAUGCCCUCACGCAACUUCUCCGGUCCGGGCCAACACUCAAUCCCAGUAAUGGAUAUGACUAUACCCGAAGGAGACCGUGCAGGUUUGAUUGCCCUGAUGAACCAACGGCUGAACAUGCUGGAACUUGACGAGGAUUUGAAUUUUGGCGCUUACAGCCGUGGAAUCAAGCCUAGCGUGGUCGUUGAUAUUGUGCUCCUUCGGGACGGGCGCAGAAAGGCCCGCUGGAUAACAGCAGAUGUAUCUCGGAAAGAGGUAAAAGCAAUACCCAAGACGGUCGAAGAAACACAUCUACUGCUCUUCCGAGAGAAUUAUGUCUGGGAAACAUAUUGCCCAAUGACCGAGACGCCUAAUGAGUUGAAUUUCUCCUUGGGCCAUAAAAGUCCUUGCAGAACAUUUAGUCUGUUCAUACGACAGGCCAUAAAAGUAGGGGACUUGCUUACAGAGGACGAUGAUGAGAAGGGCACGGUUCGAAUCAUUGAAUGGGCAGUGCUGGAGGCACCGCCAAAGGCAAUCCAUUUCUUCAGCAAUUUGCCUUAUGGCUGGAUCCCGCAAAGCGAUCUCGAGAUAGUGCAAUUAUUUAUGCAGACUUGGCGAGAGGACUGGUUGGCAAUCUGCCGGGAGGCAAGAAGAUAUCUCGGUCGACUGCGCACACAUCAAUUGACUGCUCGGGGGAAAGAUGACCGACUCAUUGACUCUAUAGCAAAGCACAUGCAGCAAUGGACUCAGGUCCAAGGAAUACUGGCGGAGCAGCUUAACCAAGCCCGAGAUUUUGUCACCCAGUAUCAGCGGUUCAGUGAGACGCGCAGGUUCACCGAACAGAUGCAGGAAAUGAUCAUAGAGCUCGACCGGGAUAUCUCGGGACAGAUUGACAAGCUGGAACAGACAGUGCGCGAUCUGCUCCAAAUUGAAUUUGCAUGGGUGUCGAUUAAUGAAGCGCAUCGAUCGACCAGUCUGGCGACCAGUAUGAAACGACUUAGCUGGAUCACGGUAGGACGUCACUUGGCGGGAGCCUACAUGAUGCUAACUCGGAUGUGUGACUUCAGUUUAUCUUUCUUCCCUUGACCUUUGCUUCGGUGAGCAUGUCCUCUCUAUCUGCGGUUGAGAACAGUUCACUCACCUUGGCCAGAGCCUGUUUGGCAUGAACGUGGAUAUU